AUGGCGCCAACACGGGGGUGGGUGCUCGCCGCAGUGGUCGUGCUGCUCUGCUGCUGUUCUGCUGGUGCCGCGUCAUCAUCGCUGACCGAAGAGGAGGCGACGACAGCCGCCCAGGCCGAGCUGGCCGGGAAGACUCACUACGAGGUGCUCGGCGUGGGCACCGACGCCACCUUGCCCGAGCUGAAGCGGGCCUUCCGCACCCUCACCCUCGAACUCCACCCCGACAAGCUCCCCAAGCAGGCCGGACCCGCCGAGCGGGCCGCCGCUCAAGUCCGCUUCCUGCGCGUCGUCGAAGCUUUUGAAACGUUGAAGGACCCGCAGAGGCGAGCGUGGUACAACUUCCAGGAGCAGGCCACCAGCUUCGGCUUCCGCUGGCACGCGGACGGCGCCAGGCCGACGAGGCCCACCGAGCAGUAUACCCUGACGGACAACCUGGCCGCGGCGGCGCUCCUGUUCGUUAUCUCGCUCUUCAUCACGUUCGGGUGGUAUCUCCACAUCUGCAUCGUGUACGGCAUCUACGCGGUGCUCUUCCGCUUCAAGUACCUGUGGAAGUACGCCCUCUUCGGCAUCUUUGCCCUUCUCCUCCGCGGCAGCGGCAUCUUCGGAUCGAUCUGA